CUUUUUCACUGGCCAGGGAGGAGUAAACAUUUGGCGACUGUACGAACGAAGAAACCAAUGCCAGUCAGUAAUAUGGUAGAGCUAUUGACAACUUUAUGAAAUUGGUAUGGUAUAGCUACGCGUAAAGCUUGGUAGUUUGGAAUAAGCCGCUUCAAACUCUGACGUAUUACGUGUAGCUAGACUACUUGUUAUGGUAUCCUGGAACCAAAGCUGCUAAAGUUAGCUAGCCAGGUCAGGUGAGCCAGUUUGAUAAUUCAUGUGAUGGCUAGUAUUAGCUAAUGCAAACAUAUGUUUUCCACUUGCUCCCACGGCGUGCAUAAUCGCGAGACAUUGGUUGGGUCGGGUAGUGUUUAUCGAAUUCUUAUAUGAGAGCAUGAUAUUGUCCGUCAGUAACAUCUAAAAGCCGAGGUUAGCGGUCAAUUGAUACUUUGUUGUCUAAGCUAGCUUGUGGUUACCUAACCUUAGCGAUACAGUUGCCAGUUUGCUGACGUUGUCAGCUACAUAGUCUAAUUUCGCAAGGCGAGUGCAUUGGGUUUAAACCCAUAUGCGAUAUAAGGCUAACGUCAAAGACAAUCGUUGACUUUCGGUUGUUGAUUGCCACUCAACGCAAUGGUUCGUCUCGAAUUAACCUAGUUAGCUAGCUAGCUCGCUAGCUCAAUAUUAGUUAUCCAGCUGACUGGCACGCAGCUGACAGACUCAGCGAAUGUUUUGGCGAGUGUAAACGUAUUCGAACAAGUGGAUAACUUGUGAACAGUGGUAGUGACAUUUGUUGGAAAGUGAAUCGUUAUUCCCAUAUCAUACUGACAGGUUUGUCAUUUAAAACCAAGCUUUAAGUUGCGAUGCCACUGAUGUUUUUGGAGAGAUUACCAUGGCCCAGUUUGCAAACCUACAUAGCGCUCAGUGUAGUCCUGCUAGCAGGAAGCACAUACAACGCCUACAGCACCCUGUCAGAUUUUAGGUUGAAGGUGUCCUCUUUGGACGAAGCUCCCCCUGUCCCAGUUGAUGACUCCAUCCAGCACUCCGAUCAAGAUUUGGAUAGUGAGAUUGUGCUGUCUACAGUACUAUGGUACCUGGUCAAUGACAGUUUCUACGUUUGGGUGCUUGUCAACACGGCUUGUUGCACCCUCAUGGUCAUUGCCAAAAUCAUCCAAUGGAUGGUGUUCGGACCCCUCCGAGUCAGCGAGAAGCAGCACUUGAAGGACAAGUUUUGGAACUUCAUCUUCUACAAGUUCAUCUUCAUCUUCGGUGUGCUGAACGUGCAGACGGUGGAGGAGGUGGUCAUGUGGUGCCUCUGGUUCGCUGCGCUCAUCUUCCUCCACCUCAUGGUGCAGCUAUGCAAGGACCGCUUCGAAUAUCUGUCCUUCUCCCCCACCACCCCCCUGGGCAGUCAUAUGCGGGUGAUGUCCCUGCUGAUGGGCCUGCUGCUGUCCUGCUGUGGCCUGGGAGUGCUGUGUGGCCUGUGGGGCCCGGCCCACGGCAUGCACACCCUGGCUUUCAUGGCUGCCGAGUGCAUGUUGGUGACAGUUCGCACUGGCCAUGUCAUCAUGCGGUACUCUAUUCAUCUGUGGGAUUUGAACCAUGAGGGCACUUGGGAGAACAAGGGCAGCCACAUUUACUACACCGACUUCGUGAUGGAGAUGAUCAUGCUUUCACUGGAUCUCAUGCACCACAUCCACAUGCUGCUGUUUGGUAACAUCUGGUUGUCGAUGGCGAGCCUGGUGAUCUUCAUGCAGCUGCGCUACCUGUUCCACGAGGUGCAGCGUCGCCUGCGCCGCCACAAGAACUACCUGCGUGUCAUCGACAACAUGGAGGCCAGGUUUGCUGUGGCCACUGCGGAGGAGUUGGCGGCCAACAACGAUGACUGUGCUAUCUGCUGGGACACCAUGCACACAGCACGCAAGCUGCCCUGUGGACACCUCUUCCACAACUCCUGUCUGCGCUCCUGGCUGGAACAGGACACGUCGUGCCCGACCUGCCGGCUGCCCCUCAACAUUAGCGGGGAGGGGGCGCAGGCCCGGGACGCACAGCAGAGGGGGGCCAUGGAGGGCAACCUGGGGGCCCCCGGGGGCCCUGUGGCAGACCCCAGACCACACAUCAACCAGCACAAUCACUUCUUUCACUUUGAUGGGUCUCGUAUUGCCAGCUGGCUGCCCAGCUUCUCCGUGGAGGUCAUGCACACCACCAACAUGCUGAGCAUCGCACAGGCUAACAACUCCCAGCUCAAUGCCAUGGCCCACCAGAUCCAGGAGAUGUUCCCCCAGGUGCCCUACAACCUGCUGCUGCAGGACCUGCAGCUGACGCGCUCCGUGGAGGUCACCACAGACAACAUCCUGGAGGGACGCAUACAGGUGCCCUUCCCCACACAGCCGACGGUGGAGCGAGUGCCGCUCCAUGUGAACGUGUCCGGUGAGGAUCAGGAGCAGGGAGGUGCGGGGGGCGGUGGCUCCUCCUCCUCCUCCUCUGGGGCGGCCGCCGAGCCCACAGUGGAGCCAGAGAGCCUGGAGGUGCGGGGCAGCCGCUUCUCUAAGUCUGCAGAGGAGAGGCAGAAGAUGCUACUCCAGAGGAAGGAGGAACUGCUGCUGCAGGCGCGCAGGAGGUUCAUGAAUAAGAGCCCAGGAGAGGAGGAAUAUGAGGAAGAGAUUGAUGACGACGAAGAGCUGCCAUCUCUGGAGGAGGCAGAGCCUAACUCCAACCCGGCCCUACGCAAGCGCCACACGCUGGCCGCAGCCGCCGAGCGCCGCCUACUACACAGCAGGCAGCACGAGCACACGGAGUGAGCCGCAACACGGAGGACUCUGGAGCUGUACACACACACACACACGCCCACACACACACACACGCGCGCGCUCAUACACACACGCAUACUCACACACACACACACACACACACACAUGCAUACACACGCACACACGCAUAUUCACACACGCAUAUUCACACACGCAUAUUCACACACAUGCAUAGCAAGCCUACACAUUGGAAUCGGUGUAUGCUGCCUGCCCAUUAUCUUACACACACACACACACACACACACACACACACACACAGAAUCAUUCACACUGGAACCAGUGUAAGACACCUGCACUCUUUUGCCCUGUCUCUCUCUCUCUCUCUCUCUCUCUCUCUCUCUCUCUCUCUCUCUCUCUCUCUCUCUCUCUCUCUCUCUCUCUCUCUCUCUCUCUCUCUCACACACACACACACACAGCCUUCUCUUCACACAGUACCGUAGUUGAAAGUUAGUGCCAGCCAGAGCAGACGGAAGACAGACACCCAAGACGAGCCAAAGUGGGCGAAGAGGACAAGAGGACAGAGGACUGCUGCUUCUAGGGGUUGCCUUAGCCAGAUCUGGCCAGACAGACAGAUCUGAGGAGUUGCUCUUCAUACUCCAGAUUUUACUACUAGAAGCUAUUUGUUGUGGGGAAAGUGAGAGUGUGGCAUGGCCUUGAAACGGACGCCAGUGUUUUGGUUUGAUUUUUUUUUCCCUUUUUCUUGCUGGGGAACUGGAGACGCCGGGUGGUGGUAGCAUGCAAGUUUUUCCGAGAUGGCCACUGCAUGGUUUUGUGUUGAGGAAAUCGAUAUAUAUAUAGUGAUGCAGAGUCAAAGAAAGCAACAGAAAAGUAGUUGCUUCUCUUUUUUAUUUUAUUUUUGUCAUCUUCUUUGGGUCCCUCAGAGAAGAGGUUGAUGUUUGUUUGUACUUGUAGUGUAAUCUGGGAAGUCAGUGUUUGUAAAUUAUCUGGAUUCUAAAAUGAUUUGGCUGUCUUUAACACCCCCCCCCCUCCUCUUUUCUCUGUCCAUUCUGUUUUUGUUUUUUUUUCCUGUCCAUUUUUUCUAUUUAUUUCUAAAACCAGAAUCAACCACAAGAGUAUUCUCACAUUACACUGUUGAAUUGAGACAAACUGUAUUUAGGCUGUGCUCACAAGUUCAUGCAGUACAAUUCUUUCUAAACCUUGUGGUUACAUAUCGAAACGUCCAUAUCAUUCAGUGUCUUCCUGGCUUGGAUACCAUUGGCUUACAUGACAUUUUUAACCAGCAUUUUUCGCUAUCUGACCAUGCAUGGAUAUAUUUUUUUAUUAUUAAACUUCUUUUGGUUUCGUUCAUUGAA